AAAGUUCGAAUUUUUUGUGAGGGGAGUAUUGAAAUAUAAAUAGCCUCUUUGCUGCGAAUCGCAAUAGUGUUUACAAUAUUCAGUUCCCGUUUUCGGGCCAUGUCUUCUCUGCAACGAAGUUAACUUGAUCACUGUCAUCCUCGUUAAUUCUUCUUCUUCUUCUUGUUCUGCUGGGUUAUUCCCAGCCAUGGCUUCUUCAAUGGCGAAGAAUUUAAUUAGAGACAACGUGCCACUCUCGCGCUUCGGCGUUCUGGCAGCUCAACUGGAAUCCAUUGUGGCCUCUGCAGCUCAGCAAUCUCCAGACCCGCUCCUUUGCUUCGAUCUGCUAUCCGAUCUCAUCUCCGCCAUUGACGAAGGCACCAAGGACUCCAUUUUGUUGUGGCAAAGGAGAUGCGAGGAUGCGCUAUAUUCCCUUCUUGUUAUAGGUGCACGUCGGCCAGUGCGUCAUUUGGCAUCAGUAGCAAUGGCAAAGAUUAUAUCAAAGGGAGAUGGGAUAUCAAUUUACUCUAGAGCAAGUAGUCUUCAGGGGUUUCUUUCUGAUGGGAAAAGAAGUGAACCUCAGAGAGUUGCUGGUGCUGCACAAUGCUUGGGAGAAUUGUAUAAGCAUUUUGGCAGACGGAUAACUUCAGGUUUACUAGAAACUACAAUCAUAGCAUCCAAACUUUUAAAAUUUAAUGAGGAGUUUGUGAGACUUGAAGCUUUACAUAUGCUUCAGAAUGCUUUGGAAGGCUCUGGUGGUAAUGCUGCUUCAUCAGCAUAUGCAGAGGCAUACCGUAUCAUUGUGCGAUCUGCAAUGGGAGAUAAGUCAUUUGCUGUGAGAAUAGCUGCUGCCAGAUGUUUGAAUGCGUUUGCGAACAUUGGAGGUCCAGGAUUAGGGGUGGCUGAGCUUGACAAUUCAGCCUCUUAUUGUGUCAAGGCCCUUGAGGAUCCUGUGUCAUCUGUCCGGGAUGCGUUUUCUGAGGCUUUAGGUUCCUUGCUUGCUCUUGGAAUGAAUCCUGAGGCACAGGUCCAGCCAAGAGGAAAGGGUCCUUCCCCUCCAGCAAAAAAAUUAGAAGGUGGACUGCAGAAGCAUUUAAUUUUAGCUUUCAGAAAAGCAAGUGGAGUACAUUGCAGAAAUGUUCGGGUUGGACUCACACUAUCUUGGGUAUUCUUUUUACAGGCCCUACGUAUAAAAUACCUAUAUCCAGAUAGUGAGCUUCAAAACUUUGCAUCACAAGUUAUGGAAAUGCUUGAUGCUGAUGCCUCAGUUGAUGCUAAUGCACUGGCUUGUGUUCUUUAUAUCCUUCGUGUUGGUUUAACAGAUCAAAUGACAGAACCUACUCAACGGAACUUUUUGGUUUUUCUAGGGAUGAAGCUUCAAUCCCUAGAGGCAGGUGCUUCUGUGAAGGUGGCCGCAUUACGUACUCUGUCAUAUACUCUAAAAACACUGGGAGAGGUCCCACUGGAAUUUAAGGAAGUUCUUGACAACACUGUAGUUGCAGCAGUGUCUGAUUCGUCAAAGCUAGUUCGGGUAGAGGCUGCUUUGACACUACGUGCAUUGGCUGAAGUUGAUCCAACUUGUGUUGGUGGGCUAACUUCAUACGGGGUUACCACUCUCACUGCUUCAAGGGAAAGUUUAUCUUUUGAAAAGGGAGGCAGUUUGCAGUUUGAGCUGGAUUCUUUGCAUGGGCAGGCUUCUGUCUUGGCAGCUUUGGUUGCCUAGAUCAGUGCUUGGUGUUUCAAAGAGAAUGUUGACUGAACACAGUCGAAAUCCUGUGGCAGCCAUG